AUGGCGUCUGGUAAUCUGAGAGCUGAGCUGGAAUGUUCCGUCUGUCUGAACAUUUAUACAGAUCCUGUAACCCUGAGAUGUGGACACAACUCCUGCCGGGACUGUAUUGGUCAUGUGCUGGAUACACAGGAGAGGUCUGAAGGAUAUUCCUGUCCUGAAUGCAGAGAUGAGUUCCAGGAGCGGCCUGCACUGCACAGGAACAUAACAGUGCGUAACAUAGAGGAGAAUUUCCUGUUUGCUCAGCCAGAUCAGGAGGAGUCCAGGGUCCUCUGUACUCAAUGUAUUCACACUCCUGUACCUGCUGUGAAAUCCUGUCUGCUGUGUGAAGCUUCUCUUUGUGACAAUCACCUGAGAGUCCACAGCAAGUCACCAGAACAUGUCUUAUGUGACCUUACCACUUCCCUGGAGAACAGGAAAUGCUCCGUCCAUAAGAAAAUCCUGGAGUAUUACUGCAGUGUGGAUGGCGCCUGUAUCUGUGUGUCCUGCAGCCUGGAAGGAGCACACCACGGGCACCAGGUGAAGAUGUUGGCUGAGGCUUCUAAAAUGAGGAAGGAAAAACUGAAAACUGUUCAACAAAAACUGAUGACGGAGCAAAAAGAAGCUGAGAAAAGAAUUUACCAGCUGCAGAAACACAAGAGGAAAGUGUUGGAAAAAGCAGAGGGGGAAACAACAAAAAUCACAGUCCUGCUCGGAAACCUGAGGAGACGUCUGGAGGACCUGGAGAAGAGAGUCCUGAGGGAGAUCUCCGGGCAGGCAGAGCGGAUCUCCAUCCCCUUUAUGGAUAUGAUUCGGAAGCUGGAAACAAAGAAGAACGAGCUGUCCAGGAAGAUGCGUCACAUUGAGGAGCUGUGUAACAUGACGGAUCCACUGACUGUCUUACAGGGGGUAUCAGCCAUACAGGUGCAACAUGAGGAGGUGGAGGUGGCCGGGCUCUUGCAGUGCCGGGCUGGAUCGGAGGAGACUGGGCCCCAGCAGUGGCGGAGGAGGCUGAGGAAAGAGGAGGUGGGGAGCGAAAGCACAGCAGCUUGCAGGCACACUCUGGGGCAGCGCUGGGGCCUCGGCUGGGAGGAACGAGCAGCAGACACUGGAUUUCAGAGCCCACCACCUCUCCCUGCUGCAUGUGUUCCCACCGCGAGGAGAGUCAAUGGAGGUUUACCUCCCGUGUAUUAUCUGUGUCCUCUGUAUAAGGAUUCCUAUGAAUACGAGUCUCAGCCUCGCCCUGUGUAG